AGACGCCAAGUAUAAAUAACCUCAAAAAGUGUCAGUGAAUCAAAACACUUGGUAAUAAAGCUUUUUCAGACAAAAAAGAAGCUGUAAAGUCUCAAGAAAGUAAGCCGCCGGUAAAAUAAAGAUUCAAAAUCUAUCAAGGCCGAAAAGUGAGCUUAAUGAAACGUAAAAUAAAAAUCGAGAAAUUUAACGAGUCACGAUGAGUAGUUACAACAAAACAGUAUCUUAUUUUUACAAUCCCGACGUAGGAAAUUUUCAUUAUGGUCCUGGACAUCCUAUGAAACCCCAUAGACUUUCUGUAAUUCAUAGUUUGGUGAUAAAUUAUGGACUUCAUCGAAAAAUGCAAACUUACCGGCCCUACCGUGCAAACACUCAUGACAUGUGUCGUUUUCACUCAGAUGAGUAUGUUGAUUUUCUUCAGAGAGUAACCCCGCAAAAUAUUCAAGGAUACACCAAGUACCUCAGUCAAUUUAACGUAGGUGACGAUUGUCCCGUUUUCGAUGGGUUAUUUGACUUUUGCUCGAUGUACACUGGAGCAUCACUCGAUGGAGCGAUGAAAUUAAACAACGGUCUUUGUGACAUCGCAGUUAAUUGGAGUGGAGGUUUACAUCACGCGAAGAAAUUUGAAGCUUCAGGAUUCUGUUACAUAAAUGAUAUUGUCAUUGCGAUACUGGAGUUGUUAAAGUAUCAUGCCAGAGUUUUGUACAUUGAUAUCGACGUUCACCAUGGGGAUGGAGUUCAAGAAGCAUUUUACAUGACAGACCGGGUCAUGACUGUUUCUUUUCAUAAAUAUGGCAAUUAUUUUUUCCCUGGAACUGGAGACAUGUACGAGAUUGGCUCCGAAAGCGGAAAAUACUAUUCGGUUAAUGUUCCAUUGAGGGAGGGAAUUGAUGAUACGUCAUAUGUGCAGGUAUUCAAGCCAGUGAUAACCCAUGUGAUGGAGUACUUCCGGCCAUCCGCAAUAGUAUUGCAAUGCGGAGCUGAUUCCUUAGCUAACGACAGAUUAGGAUGUUUCAGUUUAAGUACUCGAGGACAUGGUGAAUGUGUGAAAUUCGUUCGGGAUUUGAAUGUGCCACUUCUUGCUGUCGGCGGGGGAGGGUACACUUUGCGCAACGUGGCACGAUGUUGGACCUACGAGACUUCUCUCCUAGUGGACGAGCAGAUCAGCAACGAGCUUCCUUAUACAGAAUACUUGGAGUAUUUCGCUCCAGACUUCACUCUACAUCCCGAGGUCGUGACACGUCAAGAAAAUGCCAAUAGCAAGCAGUAUUUGGACUUGAUAGUGAAGCACACUUACGAUAACCUGAAGAUGGUGCAGCAUAGUCCGAGUGUUCAGAUGCAGGAUGUUCCUUGUGAUGCACUGCCGGCGGAAGAAGACCGACACCCUGAACCGGAUCCUGAUAGCAGGCAGAAUACCCAGGACUUGGACAAGAUUGUGGAACCUGCCAAUGAAUACUACUCCGGAGACAGAGAUCAGGAUAAAAUGGAUGUUAGUGACACGUAGUUAGAAGCCUUCAUUUAUUCUUGGACAAUCAGUAUAAGAAUAUUUUAUUGAGUGAAGAGACUUGCUAUCGGCGAGAAAAUUCGAGUCCUCUGGCUUUGACGUUGAAUAAGUAUGUGAAGAAAAAAUGCUAGGUUA